UUUUAUAUGGCCAACAACAAAUCCUGGCUAAGCUACGUAAGUAUAACCACUCGUUGGCCAUUUAUAAGCCACACCAACAGAAAAAACAAGAAACCAUAAAUCAGAACUUCCUACUGCAUAUAUAUAAUAGCAUCUUCCCCUUGAUUUUUUCAUCUCAUGCUAUUUUCGUGCCACUUUGCUCUUUUCCCCUAUCUCUCUACUGCCAAAAGUUAGCACUUACAAUAUCCUAUUCCUUUCUUUCUGUGUUUAGUUCUACACAAAGUACCAAACACUGGCUAGCAAGAAGGGCAUGGCAACAUGUGGGAGCCUGCAUCACAUCUUCGACACCCUUUUGCCAGAAAAGUCAACCCUGCUUGAAUCCCUCUCAUGGAACCAAAUAAAACCCCUAAAAUCCACAGACCAAACCCACUCCUUCACUGAGAUAUUUGGAGAACUCCAUUUCAAGGAGAGUCCUAUAUCAUCACCAUUCACUCCCCACGUUUCUACUUCAUCAUCAUCAUCGUCAACUGAGAUAACAAACAACACCAACAGGCACAAGAAUAGUGACAGCUUCUCAUCCUUGAGUUCUGAGAGUUUGCACCUUUGCACUGAGGGUCUUGGCUUUGAGAGUUCAGAUGAUGUUGAAGACUUCAAGGAUGGAAUGAGUGAGAGUUGUGAAGUGUAUAAGGAGAAAGAGGGUGUCAAAAGGUGUGUGAGUUCAAGGGUGAGUGAGUACCCUCCUCCUAUUUCUUGCAUAGGGAGGAGUGGGAAGCCUUGGGUGUGUUUCAGGUCCUACAGAAGUGAAGGGAGGUUUGUUCUUGAAGAGAUAAGGAUUCCAACACAUGAGUUCUUGCAUGCUUGUAGAGAGGAUGGAAGGCUGAAGCUGCAUUUUGUUCAUCAUGAGGAUGAACCCAUAGAAGAAGAAGAAGAAGAAGAAGAUGAUGAUGAUGAUGAUAUUGGUGUAGAAACAAUGGAUGAAGAGGAGGAAGAAGAAAACAUGGAAGAGAAAAAUGAUGAUUAAUUGUGUGGCAGAUCAUGAAGAAAAUGAGAUUGAUGCUCAAGUGAUGACUAGCCACUUACUUGAUGAAAGAGCAGAAAAUUUGAAUGCUAAGGAAGAUUUACAAAAAUAAGAGAAGAAGAAACAAAAUAAUUUUAAGCACUGUUGUGUUUUUGUAUCUUUUCUUUAAUAUGUUGGCUUUUGUCUCUUAACUUCUAAAGAUUUUGUCUGAUGGAAACAGGAGUUGACACCUCUGAUCGAGUUUUCAUUCACAUCAACUGUGACUUAAACUUGAUUUUCAGACUUGUAUUGAUAAGCAUGUAAAUCUUGUUAUAAAUUUUCAUUGCAGUUGGUGAUCUUUUUCUGACCUUGUCAGAAGAAGUGUCUUUCAUUAA